AUGUCUUCCGCUAGCGACUCCCCAUUUACGACGCCCAACUACGACUCCAACGUGUUUACCAUCCCCGACACACAAUCAGAGGAAAGGACAGAAGCACGAACAGAAUCACAUGAGGUAGUACCAAAGGUAGAAGAGACGGAACUUCAAUUGGCCGAUGUGAAGGAAGAACCAUCUCCGGAAGACGCCCCCAUCUCACCCACGGAACCAGUGCGGAUACGCCGGGCUCGUGGCAGACCAAGGAUACACCCUCCACGCUCCCCAACUACUCUUGCUAAACAGGCCAAGGCUCGAUCCAAGACGGGCUGCACGACAUGUCGGAAGCGAAAGAAGAAGUGUGACGAGACCAAGCCAUUCUGCUUGUCAUGUCAGAAGAACAACAUCCACUGCGAAGGCUACAAGCCUGUCGAGAUUUGGAAGAGCGGCAAGGAGCGUGCUGCCGAAGCGCGGAAGCGAAGCCAGGACGUCAAGUUCGAGCUUCCGCCCCUGAUGGAAGGCGUGGAGAAUGACCUUGACCGCGACCUCCUACAGCAUUUCGUCAGCAGGGCUAGUGCUGUCCUGACGUUACACGGAGACAAGUCAUCCAAUCCCUUUACCAAGAUCCUGCUGCCUAUGGCGCUCCAACACGAAGGCUUAAUGCACUCGGUACUGUGCCUGUCAGCAUCUCACAUGUACUCUGUAAACCCGCUGCAAGAGUACGAGGACAGGCAAGCCUUCCACCGAGGCAAGGCCCUGCAGCUUCUCAAGCACGACCUCGAACGACAAAAGGCGGGCGAGGGUGGAGUCAUGGUCUACGAGGACUCUAACGUGGCUCAGAUAUUACUUCAUCUAUUACACUCGAUAUGCGAUGGCAACACGUCGGGUGAGUACCGGAUGCACAUGAUUGCAGCAAAGCAGAUUGCCAUGACGCAAAAGUCAUCGAACCCAGAGUUCCAGACACUCUUCGACGAGUUCUUCUACUACCACUGGAUUGCCAGCCAAAUCACAUCGCUCGACGGGGCCGAAGUGCCCAUGAUGGACGACUUCAACCUUCCGUUCAAGAUCAGCCCAGAGACGGCGGGGCUUAUUGGCGUCUCGGACGGACUGUUUGGCUUCAUCUCCAAGAUCAGCAAUCUACGACGGAAGAUUCGUGCGCGCAUCGAUGAGAAGCUCGAGCCCAUUAUGGACUACGAGGCGUUGCUGUCAGCACAUGCUAUCGACACUGGGCUCCGCGGAUGGGUGUGCCCGCACACUCCGGGAUCGCCUCGCUACACAAUCUCCAUGCUGUACCGCCAAGCCACAUGGGUCUAUCUGUACCGCACGACCAAGGACUCGAAGCCACACCCAUUCAUCAAGAGCGCGGUUGACGACGGGAUCCGGUACAUCAACGAGCUGCCUGCCGAGGGAUGGGUGCAGAGCAAUGUGCUGCUCCCGCUCUUUUUGAUUGGGUGUGCAGCGUUUGAGGAAGAGCAGCGCGUCGAAAUCAACCGGGCGUUCGCCGGCCUGAUUGCGUGCACUGGAUUGGGCAACAUUGGCUUCGCUAAAGAGGUGGUGGAUCAGGUGUGGGAGCUGAUGAGUUCCGACGACCCCGAAGUGCAAAAAGAAAGCUGGGACUGGGAGCGUCUCAUCAACGCUCGCGGAUGGGACUUCCUUGCUACGUGA